AUGGAAACCCUAGUGUCAGGAUGGCUGCCCAGGGCUGGACUCCUGCUGCUGCCCCUUCUCCUCUGCUUUGGGCCAGAAACUGUCGGGAGCAUCGACCCGGCCGCCCUCAGAGACAUUGUAGAUCAUGCAGAUAAGGAUGGGUUGGCUGUUGAAUACGCCUUCGCCGUCAGCCUGGAGAAAGCCAGUUGUGAGAACCCAUCUGGUCUGGAACAGGUGCAGCCCAGGAACAAACUGUGGGAGAUGCAGGCAGCCAUUAACCCAGAGGGCAGCCUGUAUGACCCAGACGAAGGGCCCAUUGUGGCUGCCCGGAUGAAGCACCUGGGCAGGGGAGGGGAACACGCCGAGUGGCGCCUGCUCCAGGGCGACCAGAACAGCCCCGUGCAGAAGCUCCUGGCCUGGCCUUACAACGAGAGAAGCUGCCUGAUCUUCUUCACCAUCCGCUCGCCCUGCGCGGGGACGUGCCUGCUGGUGAAGAGGCCCCACAACAUCCUACAGAUGGUGAGCGACACCUUCCGCCCCAUCGACAACAACUACAAGGCCUUCGUCUUCCGGCAGAUCUACCGGCAGGACCGGGACCUGGAUCCCCAAAGCCUGCUGGAGGCCUGGCACCGGCUGCCCGACGUGCCCCUGCUGCGCUGUGACACCAAGGGCUGCAGGGACUGCAGAGGGAAUGACCCCAACACCGACACCAACGCCUGCCUGGAUGAGAUGCGAGCCAUGAGGCAGCCACUGCACCCCCCUGGCAGGGGGCAGAGGGGAGAGCAAGGGGUAGAGGGGAGAGCAGAGGAUGUAGGGGAGAGCAGGGAGCACCUUCAGAGGGCUGGGGAGAUGAUUCACCUGCUUGUUAACCAGGCCGGGAUCUGCUGA